AGUCCGAAACAGGACAUGCAAAUUCGAGGCAAACUCGAUUAAUUGAAGAUAGUGACAUCUAUUCCCACCCUUGACCCUCAUGAACAAUCUCCCCCAAUAUUCGAUACAAGAAGUUGUACCUACACAAGAUUCAUCUUCAUUUAGUAGACUCCGACGCACAUUGCAUGCCCGCCUCUACCGCCAUAUCAAAGAAAUCCUAAAUUGGAUGUUGAAAAACAAAUUAAGGUUUCCUCAAGGAUUUGGUAAAAUUGAAAACUCAAUUGAGGGCAUCCGCGACCAUCUGAGUGUUUAACUCCAGCUAAUACUAGCGUGUUGGCCCUUUCGCGGUGCUCUCUUGUUCUUUUUUUUUACUCGUCAUCUCCUAGUGGAAUCAUUCUGUUCUUGUCAAAAUUAUAGAAUAUCAACAAUGACAACACCGCGACGAGGACAACAGCUCGACUGUUGUCUUUUUUCUAUAUCGAAGUAGAGUGUGAUAACAAGAAGCGGUCGCCGCAAUCAUGCCACCACCGUUUCGCACAGUGGUAAGCCUGGCGCUGCUGGGCCUUACUGCGCUCGAGACCCAAGGAGGCAGCUCGUCGUCGUCGUCCUCCUCCUCCUCCUCCUCCUCCUCUCGAGAACAAGAAGAUGGCACAAGAAUAAGACUCCCGAAUGCGCCAAGAAGUUUAGAGGAUGGGAGUACUUCAUCAGAGCAGAGCAGGGAGUCAAAGGGCAGCUCUCGGCAAAAUAGUGAAGCGUCGUCGACAAUAGCUUCGGCAUCCAAAGCAGGGAACGUCGGAGCAGAUGACGAUGGGCGUACAUCGGGUGGUAGUAGACGCAAACUAAUGCGGGAAACCGACAGUCGGGAAGCCCGGCAGCAAGGGAGUAGUGAUUCACCACAUCAUAGCAGAGAAAAAGUACAUAAAGAUUCAGAGAACAACAAGAGAAAGCUGACUGACGCGAACAAUCAGAGCAGGACGUCGAAAAAACGACGUGUAGCAGAGCAGAAUCUGGACUAUCGAGGCGACGGGGAGCCCGCGGCGGCGUCUCUAUCAACAAAUAGUAACCUUCAACAAGAAGGAGCACCAGAGGCGACGAGGGUCUCCUCUUCUCACGAUGCAGUGGGGGCUCUUCAUAUCGGAGAGCACGAGGAGGAAACCGGCAGUGCUGAAAAGCGGCGACUCGCGUCGCAGCCCUACGAGAAGGAGUGGAACUGGCUUGCGGGGACCAUGGCUCGCAUCGGGCUCUGGGGAGGCACGUUUGACUACAAGCUUUCGGGCGAGAGUAUCUUCCUCAAGGCCACAACGGAAAUGGCCUUGUACGAUACGGUGGAGGUGAAGAUGGGCGCCUUAAACAGCUUCUCCACGCUCGGCCAUGCCAACGCCAAGAUGAAGUUCAUUGACGGGACGGCCACCGCGCGCACGCAAUGCCAGAACGGUGGUCUCAAAGACGUGCAGCUGGGGGACGUGGACGCGUCGGGCGGGCAGUCGUAUGGCUCGCAGACGCAGCCCUUGCCGCUGCAGCUGCAAACCGGGAACACGAUUCAGUCGAACAGUGCGACGGGAACCAUGGAAAAAAUCGCCUUCAUGCAUGGUGGCAGUUACAAAUUAUGCUACGCGCCAGACGGCAACUUCGACUCCAGAACGAGCGAUGUCACUUCGAUGUGGCUCACGAAUCCGAUAGUGGUGGAAGGCGUCUCCAGCUCCUGCACGACUGCCAAUUGUCUUUAGGGCUUCAGUUCUUGUUGUAAAAAUCCAUCUUUUUGAAUGAAUCUAGGGAAUUCUUCUGGGCAUCAUCAGUCAUGCGGGGCUCCAGAAAGAAUGUAUUUUCUCAACAUGGACUUUUAGGUGGUAGGGAAGGGACUGCUUCUAAUGUUUGAAGUCUGAGGCGUGGCACUGCUGGUACCAGGGUCUAGGGGAGUAUCCGGGCAAGGCCGACAAUGACUGGGUGAAAUGCGCCAUAUCUUUCACGAUCGGUAACCGGCGCGCGGGAUGGGACCUCACGGUGCUUAGCGGAGCAACAUCCAAAAUGACGUGGAGCAAACUGUUUGAAGGAGAAACGUACGAUGCCAAUGGUGCGGUCGCAACGGUGCUUUUACUCUUCAUCUCGUCCUCUUUCUGUUUGUGUGUGUGGAGUAAGUACUUUUACUUCAUACUACAACAGGUUACUUGCUCAUGUUGAUGGAUUGCUUAUUACAUGGUCGUACAGGGUGAACAUACGUUCCUUUACGCCACCUGUGAUCAUAGCAGCUUAGGUUCUAAAUCGUGGAGACGUCGGAUUAUUUUCUACGAUCGAUCACAGAUAAGUUAAAUGUAUCAUUCAUAUCAAUCGUGUCUUGGCGAACCACAUUACAGCCUGCCACGCAGCGUGAGUGCGGCGUUGAGGAUGCAGAAGGUGGAAUCUGGGAUUACGUGUCGAAAGGAGGAGUAACUAGUACAUUUUUGGAUGUUUCGUCAUCCCACAUCGCUGAGAUGCCACGGAUAGGACACGACAAGACAGGCCCCUAUACGAUGCGGCUCUGCUACUGUCCGAAUUACAAGGUGAACUCCGGACAAGCCGACAAUUGUGGCGCGAAGGAGGACUUCAUUCAGGCGUUCGGAAUUCUCUACAUUUGGAGGUUAAACAUAUGCGACUACGGCAACGCAUUGACUAAUUCGGGAACCGACUGUCGGGAUGCGCCGUAAUGCUUUCUUUGAUAAGACCCUGAGGAAGAUACUUACAACUGGAAUGAUUAGACGGGGACUUUCACUUUGCCUUACUACUUUCUCGUAUAGGUGCCAUUCCGUGCAUUAGUCACAGGCCAGGUAUCCGAAACAUUUAACAUUAUGUUGUUUUUCUUCUUCUUUCUUUCAUCUAGGCACCUUCUUCUAAGAUUCUCGUCUAUUCCGAUAUUUAGACGAGGGUAUGCUUUUGAUCUGCUUUCUCUCCGUAACAGCAAUGGCUUUUACAAGGAUCAGCAUGCGAAAGUGCUUUCUUGUCUAUGCUGCUUUUUCGACGGUCAUGAAUCCCUCAAUUUUUUUCCCGUCGGUCGAAUCUGCAACGCUGAUUUUUUAGGUAUUAUCGUGUGAUGCCGCAUGUUCGAUUCGUGCCGCAGAUAUCGUGUCCCAAUGCCGGUGGUUGCAAGGCGACCAACUUCAACCGCAUCGCUUUUGUGGAAUUGGAGCCGACGAACGAUCGAAAUUUUUGGGAUUCGAACGCUGGUUGCGCAACUACGGGACAAACAGAGUCAAGUAAGACAGUGUGGCCCGACAGCGGACACACCCGGAAUCUAGGAGGCGGCGCACGCUUGGACUAUAAAGCGUGGGCAGAGCACUUGCCUCGUCUAGAUAUCUCAUCGGGAGAGCAGCUUGACGUCUGCUACUGCAAUGGUGACACCUCAACGACCUGUCAGGUACUCGCUCCCCUUUUUCAAUAGAACUUGACAACUUCAAGCACAACACCAGCAAGAGUGGUUACCCGCAUUAGAGACAUAGUUAUGUUGUCUGAUCAGGAAGAGAGAAAGAAAAUAAAUGCAGAAAAAGUUUCUGGUGAAUGCAUCGUACUAGGAGAAAUAGAUCUAGUUGAUCAAUUUGUUUGGUCCCAGUACAUUUUUGAUUUUUCCAUCAACAGACACCCUCGAAUUGGUUUCGCAUUGGGCACGUCGUGGGAGGCAGGUUUAAUCCCUCCUCGGUGGGUGACAGUGCCGGAUCCGGUAGCCCCAGUGCCAACCUGGGUCUCGUGCAAGUGGCAGGAAAACAAGGCAUUCUCAGCUACGUCACUGGGUUCAAGACAGAUGCGUACAUUCCGAGUGUGAAUAACGAGGCGAACCAUAAUCGCUACGUGGCGCGGGCCGACGGACCGCGGUUCUCAGACCGGGCGAUGGUGAAAGUGAUGUCGUACGACACGAUUGGUAUGAUCUCCUUCCAGGGUCUGCGCCGGACGCUGGAGCACUACUACGAAUUUGAUAAGAAGACUCCGGCAGACAAGACGUCCAAGCUCGAUACGCACUGCCGAACCAGCGCUUACUCCUCGGACUUAGUCAGUGGCCCCAGCUCCGCUGCUUUGGCUAUGAACUACCUCGCCAUUGCGAACAGCACUACGACAGACAAGAACGAGGUGUCGACCUACUUUUCCUUCACUGGUCCCGACAAAAAUCGCACUAUGACGGUGGAGAAGGCAGGAGUCAUCGCUAUUUGCUUCUGCGGUAUCAUCAACGAGGUUGACAAUCCAUACACGUGUGCUAAAAACUGGCGUUUCGCUGGGCUGCUUAUGGUGGCCGGACCCAGUGGAACCCAAACUUGGAACCUCCCGACAAAAUUGGUACUCUUGAUAAGAAAGGAAAAUCAGUACUCUGUUGUAGUGUUUUCUAACAUCAAUUUGAAAAACAGUCAAAAUAAUGCAUAUGCUAAUCCAGCAUUAGGCGGGUUAAUUUGUUUGUACGUGACAAUAAUUCCUUGCAAGUAGAGAAGUUCUUGGAGUCUCGCAUUCACCACUUUUACACUUUUGCUAAACAUACAACGUCAGGUAUCGCGGUUGCACAUCCAAGGUUCGGGGUUGACGAGCGGGGACGUGCUGCGGCUGAUUCCCAAGACGGGAACGUGUAGCGGCAACGUGGCCCCGUCACCGACAUACAAGGUGGGCUGUCCCUCCGUGGAGGGAAACGGGUGCAUUACCGGCUCCAACUGCCCGGACACUAGUGACGGUAAAACGUGCCGAAUAGCAGGGAUGGUCGUAAACAGCGGCAACGGCGCUUACAUGACACUGCAGACGCUGAACAAGGUACGCAUGCAGCCAGCCACCGGAAUCUACCGUGUGGCGACGGAAUACAGCGGCGCCGAGCACACCGUCUUGGAAUUCACGCAGAUUGUGCAAAACAAUGGACUCGUGGAGGGCGAUACGAUCCACAUUCACAAGAGCGACAUCAAAUUCGUCACGGACAACGCGCAGAGCUUCGCCACUUGGAAAAGCAACAGCAAGAUGCGGGAGGCCGCGGAUGUUUUCACUAACGACUUUGCGUUGAUGGACAAGUUAAGCACACAAAAUUGAUUGAACCUAAGUUUUCGGCAUAACGUUUGUCUUCACAACUGUUUUUGUUCUGUGUAAAAGAAUUUCGACUAGAAAAAUCGGUUGUAUGGGUUUAAGCUCAUCCAUAGGCUCAUCGUGUAGGAUACUAAGCUACCCAUAGCUGCUUCUUCUUCUAAACAAGGGAGAUGCUACAAUUUACGGCACAGCUAGCAAUACUCUGGGAUGGAAAAUCUCGUUCUACGACCACGCCAGUAUCGCCACGGCAAACAAAGGAAAAUACAUUUCCAUACCACUGCGAUGGUCCAACGAAUUCGGUGCGGGAGGAAGGUACCCCUACGUCAUCGAGUUUGAAUCCGGAUCCGGUGGUUGGGAUCGCACCAACAUCAUCGCAACGAAUACGGAGAUCAAGGGUAUACUUAAGAGAAUAUAAGGUUGAUGUUCUUUUGGCUUCUUUUUAGGUAGUUCUUACACCAUAACUAAAUGGCAUGGGGCAAUCACGUGGCAUUUCAAGGCUUCAUCACUGGUUUUUCUACUAUCUGAGCAUCGGCCGUGCGGUGUUGAUGACAUGAUUGCUGAUGGAUUCUUCUCAAACCCCAUUGCGCGUAACUGCUCCUUGUUCGUCUCUUAGGCAUCAACCCGACCGUUGCGGGUGAGGAGUUGCAGGCCUGCUGGGGCAGGCUGAACGGAGCGACGCCCGAGUUUUACAAGAGUGCUGGUCAUGUGUCUUUUUUCACACCUCCUAG